UCCUCGCAGUGUUUCCUUGUGUGCGGCACCUUAGGGACCAGUGGAGAGGGAAGGCUGUGUCCAGUCUUCAUCUUGCAUCCCUCAGUCAGGCUUGCCUCUCCUCAUCAAUCUGAAUGUCAACACCUCGGGUCUUCGUGCUCCUGGUGGCGGUGGUGGUGGUGGUGGUGACGGAAGGAGCCACGGUGCCCAUAAAGCUGACGGUGGCCCUGCAGAGCGGCGCCAACACCACGGUAACCUUCGCCACGGAGGAGGAGGCGCUGCACGAGAUGGGGAUAACCAGGAAGAUGAUGGAGGGCGCCGUGGCACAUGCUGACGCCACGGGAUUGGUAAGAGAAGUGGUGGUAGGUGGGCAGCACAUCCCUCUGCACCUCAACACGACCACCACGUACUUCAACAUGCUUGCUCUCAGGACCGUGGAUGGCAGGGACUGGCUCUUUUCCCGCGACAACUACACCAACGCUUCCAUUCGUGAUUUCGACGGUGACCCCAGCCUGGGUCCCCCAGGAGGUCCCCCUGUCAUGGACGGUGCCCUCACCCCUGCCACGCACCACGCCCCUGGACAUCGAGCUCUCGUCUGGCCUCGCCCACGCCUCCGUCAGCAUGGGGGACCGCCUGGUACUCUCCUUACAAGACGGAAAGCGAAGAGAUCACCUUACCAAAACAUCAAAAUCACCUUCCCAAACUACAACCUCUCCCACAGCUACAUUCUCCUCCUCCUCCUCCUCCUCCUCCUCCUCCUUUUCCUCCUCCUCCUCCAAACCCACCUCGACCCUCGGCUUGGUGGUGCUGCUGCCGCCUUUCUCGGGGUGUCACCUUCGCGUCGUCAACCCCCACACGGGCCGAGUCACUCUGGCCCGCUACUUCAACACCCAAGACCAUCUCUUCGACCAGGAGCUGAGCCGCGUCCUCACCAGCCUGAGAGAAGGACGGCUGGUGCUCCUUACCUCCUAUCAUGAUGUCUCGGGACGCCUCGGGACCGACGCCCGUGACGCCCUUCACGCUCUAGGCUCAUGGGCGGCGCCGCACCUCGGGUUUAAGGACGCGUGGACGUGGGCGUGGGUGGUGGGCGGCUCCACGCUCGCUGAGGUCCUAGUGACCAACGCGCAGGGCAUCCUCACGCAGCCCAACCCUCUCGCUCUCCACCUGAGCCUCCCGCCGCCCGCCCCGUCAGAGAGAUUUUGCAAUACCUGGCCGUCUGGUGACCUGUGGGAGAAGCGACGAACUCUCUGUGAUCUCCACGACGGGUUCGGUGACCUGUGCUCGUGUGACCUCCCUUACCCGUUCCCGUCCGACGCCACCACCACCACCACCAAGCCGGCGUGGUGGCGGGGACGCGUGGCGGUGGUGGUGGUGGCAGCAGACAGACCUCAGUAUCUUUAUAGACUAUUACGACAGCUAUUGGGGCAGCCCGGCAUGACCCCUGACCUAGUGUUGGUGAGCGUGGACGGGGACAACGAGGGGGCGAGGGCCAGUGCGAGCGUGGCUGAGGUGCUGGGGCUGAGGCACUUAACACAUCGCAGCGAGCAGGGCACCGCCUCCUACAUCUCCCCAAGGAUCUCCAGGAGUCUGAGGUUCGCGCUGUUCAAGGCCCUCGAGACCUUCCCCCUUGAGGACAAGUUUAUCAUCCUCGAGGACGACCUUGUGCUGGCUCCUGACUUCCACUCGUACAUGCAGCAGACAUCGGCACUGCUGGGGGCACCGGAGGAGGCUGUGUACGCCGUUUCCGCCUUCUCCCAUCUGGCUGCCUCGCACACCGCCCACAACGCCGCCCGCCUGCAGAGAGCCACUACCUUCCCUUCCUGCGGGUGGAUGACGACGCGCGCCUUCCUGGAGGAGACGUUGCCGAAGUGGCCCGAUGCACAUGUGGGCACAGACUGGGAUUACUGGAUGGGGACGGAGGUAGUGCGUGGCGGGAAGGAGUUGGUGUUACCGGAGGUACCCUCGUACUACUCACGGUGGCACCCUCGGCUCCCACACGGAUGGCGCCAUGGCACGCUGGUUCAAGGAGCGCCCUCUCACAUCCCUGCCACACACCACACUCAACCUGACGGCUGUUAGCCGCAAGGUGUUUGAGGCUCAGGUGCUGCAGGAUUUGUCCGUGGCACAACCUCUCAUCAGCAUUCACACCAAAGACCCAGACUCUUCUACUCAUGGCCUCCUCCAUGUUCCCCUCCACCAGGAUGGGUCGGUGUGG